GCGAGGUGGGAAGGACACUCCACACCUGACUGGGACCUACACACUCACACACCUGUUGUCCCAUCACAGCCAUCUCUCUGCUUCACCAACACAGAGGUGUUGUUGCGAGUGACGCUGCCGCCUCCACGGCACUGUUGGCACUGCUGGGACACCGUUACCACCACCAUCAUGACACACAUAAUUGCUCUCGUCUUGCUUGGCCUCAGCAUUGUACAGGCUGAGGAAAAGGGUAAGAUAGAGUGCUACGCUAACCCGUCAGGCAGCAAGCUGGACCCCAACAACAUCUACACCUGCACGUCGGAGCAGAAGUGUUGCCAAGAGAACGGCGUCCCCACCUGCUGUAGCGAGAAGCCUACUUCAGAAGCUGUCGUUGGUCAGGCGCAGCUGUGGGGGACGCUGGCGGGGCUGAUCCUGGUGAUGGGCGCCCUCAUGUGGUACUGCAGACAUGACGGUAACUGGUGUGGGAGCAAGAAGAAGGCCAAGACACCCGAAAACGAUCAGAAAGAGCUUGAAGACGACGAUACUCUUGAGGAAGUGAAGAUGAUGCCUGAGGGGAAGAAGCCUACGUCACACGACCCAGACCUCGCUGACCUGGAGUGUGAGGUGGCUCGCUAGACCUCACCUGUCAGCGCCUUAACUCGCCUGUCAGCGCCUCAUCAGGGUCACACCUCACCUGUCAGCGCCUCCCUAGAGCCACACCUCACCCGUCACCGCCACACCAUUGAUAAUAUUACCAACUAAUUUUCCACAUUCUACUGCAAUGAUAUUUAUCAAUAAAAGGUUAUUAGAGUUAUAACGCGUUGUGGUGGGCAAGACUGGACGUAGCUCCUGGGAUUUUGAACAAUACAAUAUGCCCUUCAUGUUUCCCUAAUGUGGUAUGUUAAGGAAUUAUAUUAGGCAACUAUGUUAGGAAACUAUAUUUGGGAACUUAGUUGAAGCUUACAGUCUCUGUGGCGGAAUGGUAACACCCUCGUCUGGUGUUUCGCAAGGGCCUAGGUUCGUAUCCUGUCCGAGGAAGAUUGACUGGGCGCUAAUCAUUAACUGUAUAGCCUCUAUUCACCCAGCAGUGAAUGGGUACCUGGUUGUUAAACGAUUUGGCGGGUCGUCGAGGGAGGGCUGGUCGACGACCGGGCCGCGGGGACGCUAAGCCCCGGAAGCACCUCAAGGUGGGUCGUAUUCUGGGGGAAAAUUAGGAUUAAGGACCUGCCUGGAACGCUAUGCGUGCUGGUGGUUGUACAAGAAUGUAACAACUCUUGUAUAUAUAUAAAGAAACAAUUGAGAAAGUGUCGCACCUUAGGACACAGUCUUGGCUGAGCCUUACGGUGCUAUCAUCUUUGAAGACAGUGUUAUCUUACUGUUGAAUACUGUUUAAUAUAUGUUAAAAUAGUUUGUCAUUAUAUUGUAUACCAUUCUUUAGUGUUUCUAAUUUUUAGGGGUAACUAUGUUAUAAUAUAAUGAUAUAUCUAAUUUUAGGACUUUUUGAAGUGUUUUAUUCUAAGUUACUUAUAAUUAUUUAGGGUUGAAUGUUCCUCGUUAAGGAACACAAGUUAAAUGAUAUAAGUUAAGUUAUAAUAGCUUAUAUAAUAAUAAUAACUUAUAAUAAUAUAAGUUAAAUAAUUCACAUUGGUUGAGAUAAUGUUUGUCAUACAGCCAUAAUAUUACUUGUAGAAAUCUUCAAUUUUACUCUGGUAAGAAUGUGUGUGUUUAAUUCUUGUGUAUGUACGCACACACACACUUCCUAGACGCAGCAGCUGGGUAAGUCCCAGGUACAUAUUUACUACUAGAUGAACAGAGGCAUCAGACGAUAGAAAUUGCCCAAUUGUUAUUGCCUCGAAAAGGAAUCGAACCCGGUGCCUUAGAGCUACGAACCCAGAGCGAUGUCAGCUCGGCUACGAGGACUCAUUAGCUUCAUUAUGAGGAGGAAUUACAAAUAUUUACUCAAUAUAAUUAUAUCUAUUUGCCUAUAAGAUUGAUUGUGAUAUAUUAGAUAACUGUGUUAUCAUGACUGUGUGUUAUCAUUAGUGUUACUCCCUGGGAUGAUAGCAUUUACCUGAAUUUACCUUGUGGCCUCGAUGAGAACAGGAAGCCGGCGGUUUGUCAAAGGUUCCCCCUUAUACGUAUAUCAUCAGAAGAAAAUAAAGUCUUGCAAAACACAUUCCAUUAUGUUAAGGCUUAGCAAGCUUGGCAGAGGUUGUGGUACCGUCUAUUAGGGCGCGUCUGGGAUCCUCUAGGACGUAGGUUCGAACCCUCGCCACGGCUCUUGUGGAUUUGUUCAUUAUCAGAGUAACUUUGGUAGGAAUUAUUCAGAAACUGUAACUAGUUGCUCAGGGAGUGAGUAGUGUAUAGGUGAGUAGUGUAUAGGUGAGUAGUGUAUAGGGUGGGUGUAUAAAACAAUUAUUUAAGACAUUCAUGGCUUGUUGAGCCUGAGAAGUAGAACCAGUAUACUCGCAUUAGUAUAGUGUGUAUAUUAGUACUGGUACACAUGUGUACCAGUAUGUGUGUACAUGUGUAGCAACGCUUGGACACGGGUAAAGUGGUGUGUGUGCACAUGAGCAUACGGUACAUACACACACACAUGUACACACACUCUCCACAUGUGGAGUAGAUGUGGUGGAGGCAGACUUCAUACACAAUUUCAAAUGUAGACUUGAUAGAGCACAAUAGGCUCCUGAAUUCUGUACACCAGUUCAUCUGAGAGUUCAGAGGUGGGACCAAAGAGCCAGAGCUCAACCCUCGCAAGCACACACACGAGUGAGGUUCUCGUGUUCUGUAGUUGCAAUAUUAGAGACAAUUCACUAAUAACAAAACAUACUUUAUAUUGUGUUAUAGCACGCUGCCUCAAUAUAAUUUAAGAUAAUAAUUUGCAAAUUAUCUUGUGUAUCAUACACGUAAUGUGUUGUAGAGAUCUUCCUAGUGUUGUGAAGGUUGUUGAGCAGUGUUGUGACCGGACGCACACGACAACAGUUGCCCUUCAGUGUAGUUCAUCAUUAAACUCACUAUAUACCUC